AUGUCGAUGUCAAAAUUUAUUUCAAAAUCCGCUGUCCGAGCGGCCUCUACCUCGGCCCAGACAACCAAGGCCGCUGGUGAUAUCUCAUCAGUCUUCCCCAGCCUAAGGCCCGACUACAAGCCGGAACCUCUCCCCGCACGGUUUCAGGAGCUGAAGGCGAGAAUUUUCGAGAAGAACAAAGAUGCAAUCACAAGGAGCUGGGAGCGAUUGCUUCCUAGCUUGGAUGAAGAAGUGCAAAAGAUCAAGGCAAAGGGUAGCGAUAUUAUCCCCUCAAUUGAUUAUUCUGAUGUGGUCUCUGGAAAGGUGUCUGAAGCCGCAUUAAAAGAGAUCCGCCACCGAGGCACCGUUCGGAUUCGCGACUAUGUGGCCGCCAACAAGGAAAGAGUCAAGGCCUUCCCGGCUGACUCCCCAGCUGUCUAUGAGCUAUACUGGACACCAUCGCAGGCCGAAGCCCGCGGUCACGAUAACAUGCUCAACACCCAGCGCUUCAUGCAGCAGCUAUGGCAUUCAUCCGACCCUGACAGCAAGAUCUCAACCACACACCCACUCACGUACGGAGACCGUCUCCGCAUCCGCGACCCAGGUGACUCAAAAUUCACACUCGGUCCACACAUUGACGGCGGUUCCCUCGAGCGCUGGGAGGACCUCGAGUACUCUCGAGUCUACACCAAGAUCCUAGAAGGGAACUGGGAGAAGUACGACGCUUGGGAUGCGCGACACCGUCUGAACGCCAACAUGGAUUUAUACAACGGUGCCGGAGCAUGCUCCAUGCUGCGGUUCUUCCAGGCCUGGCUUUCCAUGUCAGACACCAAGCCUGGCGAGGGCUCGCUCCAUGUCUGCCCCAUGAUCAACCAUAGCACAGCAUACACCAUUCUGCGUCCCUUCUUCGACCCCGAGACCUCAAAACCGGCCUUGGAUGCUACAUUCCCGGGCUCCGUACCUGGCGCUUGCCAGGAGUAUAACCCGGUCACGCACCCGCAUCUCGAUCUCGAAUCGACUAUGGUCUCAGUACCGCAAGUUGCUCCUGGCGAUUUUGUCGCUUGGCACUGCGAUUCUCUUCACUCCGUGGACAAGGAGCACCGCGGUACCCAGGACUCCAGUGUCAUGUACAUUCCCGCUACCCCGCUGUGCGAUAUGAAUGUCAAAUACCUUCUUAAGCAGCGUCAGGCUGCGCAGAACUAUUCGCCUCCGUGGGAUUUCCCAGGUGCUGGUGGACCCGGUGAGUCGGGAUUCAAGGGUGCUAUGGAUUGGUCGGCGCUGAGCCCGGAGGGUCAGCGUGCGAUGGGUCUCAGGCAACACUCCCUGGGAGAUCACCGAUGCCAUGAGCGAGGGUGA